GCAGCACCGAACACCUUAUUGUACCUUGGACAUUACAAGAAAUUGUCGCACUUACAGGGCAACAAAAAAAGUUGCCGGUAGACACACGUGGCGCAGUGUUUUUCCCCUGCGUGAAACUUUCUCUACGAAUCCAACGACCGACGACAGAAUGCGGUUCAAAACAUCGGUAGGGAAGGAACCUAAACACAGUGAUUUUGUAACAUGUGUGGAUUGGAACACCACUGAGGAAGUGUACUCUUGCAGUGAUGACCACACUCUCUUGAGAUGGAAUUUGAUGAAUGGGGAGACUACCAAAAUUGCAGACCUUCCCAAUAAUCUGUUUCCAACAGACAUGCAUUGGUUCCCUAAAGGUCCGAGCAGUAAUCGGAAACAGGGAUCCGAUCUUUUGAUGAUAACAUCUGCCGAUGGCAAAUUUCACCUCUUAAAUAAAAAUGGGCGUAUCGACAGGACAGUCGAAGCUCACAAAGGGGCAGUCCUUGUUGGACGGUGGAGUUAUGAUGGUGCUGGCUUACUUACAGCGGGAGAAGACGGCCAAGUAAAGAUUUGGUCUAGAGGAGGAAUGCUGAGAUCUACAGUGGUGCAAGCAGGUGCUCCAGUGUACAGUGCAGCAUGGAGUGCUGAUUCAAAUCAAGUCUUGUAUGCUCAAGGAAAGAUGCUUGUUGUCAAGCCUCUAAUGCCCAAUAGCAACCCAAGCCGGUGGAAAGCUCAUGAGGGAUUGAUUUUGAAAGUUGCAUGGAAUCCUAGCAAUAACUUAAUAGUGUCUGGAGGAGAAGAUUGCCGCUACAAAGUUUGGGAUCCUUUUGGUCAACAAUUAUACAGCAGUGCCCCACAUGAGCACCCAAUCACCGCCCUUUCUUGGGCUCCAAAUGGAGGGGUGUUUGCUGUUGGAGCGUUUAAUACUUUACGUUUGUGUGAUGAGAGUGGAUGGUCUCAUUCAUUGGAGAAAAUGAAUUCUGGGAGUAUCUAUGCAUUAGCAUGGUCUAGUGAUGGAACUCAAAUAGCAGGUGCCUGUGCCAAUGGCCAUUGCAUGUUUGCACAUGUUAUAGAAAGGCGUCUUGAAUGGCAUCAAUAUGAGGCUACUCUCACAGGAAGAAGAAGCAUUUCUGUACGUGAUGUCAGCAAUGAAUCCUGGGAACGUUUAGAAAUUCCUGACCGAGUCAUUCAACUUGCGCUUGGCUAUGAUCACUUGGUGGUGGUCACACCUUCCCAGUGCCAUAUAUUUAAUAGCCACCACUGGAAUACUCCGACCAUACUGGAACUUCGGGAAGGGGCAGUAUGCAUGCUACUGCUCUGUCCAAAGUUCUUCCUCUUAGUCGAAAGAUCUAGCGUUAACUUAUACAGCUAUGAAGGUAGACUAGUAUCGUCACCUAGGUGGGCUGCCAUGCAGCCUGAGACAAUGAAUGAGAAGAGUAUCAGUCUUAGUGAUGAUACUCUUGCGGCAAGGGAUCAAAACGACCCAAAGGUGAUUCAUGUGUUUGAGAUUGGAACAACAAAGGCGCUCUCUGAGGCUCCGCCAAUGUUGCACACUGUUGGAAUACUUGAAAUUGCUCUGAACCAGGCAGGCUCUGCAGCAGACCGCCUCAUUGCAUUUGUUGAUAGGAGUCAUGACCUCUUUCUAGCAUCAGUGCAUGGAUCAGGACAAAGAAAGUUCGGAAAACUAGGAAGAAUGGUACAGUCUCUCCGCUGGAACUGCAGCACCAAUAUCUUGGCUGCGAUUCAAGACACAACCCUGAGUGUGUGGUACUACCCAGCAGUAAUUUUCAGCGACAAGCGAAUUGUGGAAAAGACAUGUGCAAAGAAUGACUCCAGCGAUUUCGGCAAGAAUCCUGUUGUGGUUAGUUUUGUUGGAAAUCAUAUUGGAGUAAGAAGAGCGGAUGGUUCUUUGGUGAACAGCGCUGUACCAAUGACAGUUACAACAUUGCAUGAAUUUGCAUCAACAUCUCGAUGGGAAGAGGCAAGGAAGCUGUGCAGAGUGGUAAAAGAAGAUGCUUUGUGGGCCUGCCUAGCAGCUAUGGCCACUAAGGCUAAAAAUCUGUUAAUAGCUGAAGAAGCAUAUGCUGCCAUUGAAGAAACAGACAAAGUAGCUUAUAUUCAACACAUUAAGACAAUUCCUAACCGGACUGUGCAAAUGGCAGAAAUGAUCCUGAUGACAGGCAACUUAGAUGAAGCAGAAAAUUUAUUAUUGCAAAACGGUUUGGUAUUCCGAGCUAUAAUGGCAAAUGUACACCUCCAUAAUUGGAACAGAGCUUUGGACAUUGCAACAAAGCAUCGUACGCAUCUUGAUACAGUCUUGCUCAGUCGUAAACAAUAUCUUGAUGCACUUCAGAAAUCAGAAAUGAAUGAGAAGUUUCUGGCAAUGAAGGACCAGGUACAGAUAGAUGUGGUCAAAAUUCAGAAAGCAAUUGAAGAAGAGCUUGCAAAGGAGCGAAACAAUGCUAAAUGAAAAUGAAUGAUGUAGACAGCUAAAUCUAAACUUAGACACAAAUGUUAAUUAUUUAUAGUGAUCU